AUGGCUCCUCGAGACCGCAGGACGACCCGAUCAAAAGAUUUCCUCCUGAGCUCCGGGACGGCGACCGUGGCGGUGAAGUCACCCGGCGGCGUCCCGGACACGCCGCCGGUCCCGUUCGCGUACGGGGGGCUGCUGUACCAGCAGAGCGGCGGGCGGCGGAGGUGGCGCGAGUGCACCGUCGUGCUGGGCGCCGUGGCCAUGGUGGCGCUCUUCGUCACCCACGCGCUCCUCCCAAGGGCCAGCGUGUUGUCCGAGGAGACGCGCGGGGAGGCACGAGCGGAGCAGAACAUCAUGGUUACCGCCCGCGCCGAUGCCGACGGGUUCCCGUGGAGCAACGAGAUGCUGCAGUGGCAACGCACCGGGUUCCAUUUCCAGCCCGAGAAGAACUACAUGAACGAUCCAAACGCUCCGAUGUACUACCGUGGACGGUACCACUUCUUCUACCAGUACAACCCCACCGGAGUCGUCUGGGGCAACAUCACGUGGGGCCACGCCGUGUCGCGUGACCUGGUACACUGGCGCCACCUCCCCCUCGCCAUGGUGCCCGACCAGUGGUACGACAUCCAUGGCGUCUUGACCGGCUCCGCCACGAUACUCCCCAACGGCACCGUCAUCGUGCUCUACACGGGGAAAACCAACACCUCCGCUCAGGUCCAGUGCCUCGCCCUUCCCGCCGACCCUGAUGACCACCUCCUUGUCAACUGGACCAAGCAUCCCGCCAACCCCGUCAUCCUCCCGCCCCCCGGCAUCGGCCUCCAGGACUUCCGCGACCCCACCACCGCCUGGUUGGACCAGUCGGACCUGACAUGGCGCACCCUCAUCGGCUCCAAGGACGACAACGGCCACGCCGGCAUCGCCUUGAUGUACAAGACCAAGGACUUCAUCAGGUACGAGCUCAUCCCGGGGGUGCUCCACCGCGUCGAGGGCACCGGCAUGUGGGAGUGCGUCGACUUCUACCCGGUCAGCGGCGGCAACAACUCCUCUUCCUCUGAGGAGGCCCUGUACGUGUUGAAGGCGAGCAUGGACGAUGAACGCCAUGACUACUACGCGCUUGGGAGGUAUGAUGCGGCGACCAACACGUGGACGCCGCUGGACCCAGAGCUGGACGUGGGGUUCGGGCUGAGGUAUGACUGGGGAAAGUUUUUCGCUGCCACGUCUUUCUACGACCCGGUGAAACGGCGGCGCGUAAUGUGGGCUUAUGUCGGCGAGACCGACUCCUUGAGCGCCAACGUUGCCAAGGGAUGGGCUUCCGUCCAGACCAUUCCGAGGACGGUAGUGUUGGAUGAGAAGACCCGGACGAACCUCCUCCAAUGGCCGGUGGAGGAGAUCGAGACCCUCCGCUUCAACAGCACCGACUUUGGCGUCAUCACUAUCCACACUGGAUCCAUUAUACCUCUCCACCUCCGCCAAGCCACACAGCUUGACAUCGAGGCCUCCUUUCGCCUAGACACUUCCGCUAUUGCCAUCAUCAACGAGGCUAACGUCAACUACAACUGCAGCACCAGCGGCGGAGCCUCAACCAUGGGCCCACUUGGUCCCUUCGGCCUCCUCAUCCACGCUGCUGGCAACGGUGGCAGCGAACAACUCGCGGUUUACUUCUAUGUGUCGAGGGGCCUCGACGGGGCGCUCCGAACCCACUUCUGCCAUGACGAGUUAUUGUCGUCCCGAGCGAAUGAUGUAAUGAAGCGGGUGGUGGGCAGCACAGUGCCAGUGCUCGACGGUGAGGCUCUAUCUGUGAGGGUGCUCGUGGACCAUUCGAUCGUGGAGAGCUUCGCGAUGGGCGGGAGGUUGACGGCGACGUCGCGGGUAUACCCAAUGGAAGCCAUCCACACGGCGGCGGGGGUGUACCUUUUCAACAACGCCACCGGCUCCUCCAUCACCGUCGAGAAGCUUGUAGUUCAUGAGAUGGCCUCGGCAUCUUACAACCAGACUUUCGUCGCCGACAACAACUAGUAGCUUCAGUAAGCUAUAUACUAAUCUGGUAAUGGGGUUAGGAUCCUCUCAAGUAGCCCGCCAUGCAGUACGGUAACUGCCGUUGGACCCGGAACCACAUGUCAUCCGCACUACAACAUCAUACAGUAAUGCAGAGGAUCUCAAUCCCUGGCAAUGAGGGUCACUUGCCUCCAAACUAUAACUCCUAUGAUAAUAACGACGGCUAGUACCUGUACUGGAGUGUUAUGGGCGCCUUGCUUUGUGGUUUUUUUGUUAGGUGUAUUUGACUUUUUUUUUAUCGAUUAUUAUGGUAGGUUGGUUCA